AUGUCACCAAUUGACAGCAUUGUCGAUGCGAGCCUUGCCGACUUGUCGACAGCUCUGAACAAUGGGAAUCUGACAUCAGUCGACCUGGUAGCAAAGUACUUGCUCCGUAUCAGUGCCUACGACUGCAGAAACACGGCGCUGAAUUCCAUUCCCAUAAUAAACGAGAAUUUGUUCGAAGAAGCAGCAGCAGCUGAUGAUCGCCGCGUUGCUGGAAUUUCACGGGGUGCCCUUGAAGGCAUCCCUUUCACUGUCAAGGACAGCUAUAAGGCACAAGGAAUGACUGUGGCCAGCGGCUCGGAAGCCUUCGAGAACCUCAGGUCCAAUGAAGAUGCAUUUACCGUUGGCAUUCUUCGAGAAGCCGGUGCCAUUUUGAUCGGUCGGACGAAUAUGUGUCCCAUGGCGUAUGGUGGAAUGCUUCGUGGGGUGUAUGGGCGAGCUGAGAGUCCAUACAAUAAAGACUACCUCGCCGCCGCUUUUGGAUCUGGAUCCUCAAACGGGAGUGGCGUGUCUGUUGCAGCUUCCUUCGCAGGUUUUGGUAUGGGUGAGGAGACGGUGUCGUCAGGGCGCUCUCCUGCUUCAAAUAACGCGUUGGUAGCUUACACCCCUUCGCGAGGAAUGAUAUCAAUUCGUGGCAACUGGCCGCUGUAUCCGACCUGCGACGUGGUCGUUCCCCACACACGCACCACGGACGAUCUGCUCAUACUGUUGGAAGCGAUUACCAAGCAAGAUCCUAAUACAGUUGGCGACUUCUGGCGAGAUCAACCUUUCAUCCAACUUCCAACACCUACAUGGUCAAAAGCCUCAAAGCCUUUCACAUCUACAAAAUCCGCAGGGUACCUCCAAGGAAAGCGGAUCGCAGUUCCUGAAAUAUUCCUCAAGCAGCAGGAUGGAGGGCCCUACAUAUCAAAAGCGAUCGAACCACUAUGGUGUCAAGCACAGGCAGACCUGGAAGCCAUCGGUGCGCAUGUCGAGAUCAUCCCAGACCUCCCGGUCUUGCGUAUGUACGAACAAAUGCUACGCAAGUCUGGCAACGAGAACGAGCCAUCGCUACCUUUUCUUCCGGAUGACUGGAACGGCACAGAGCGAAGUGUUCUCAUCGCUCACGCCUGGGAGGACUUCCUGAACAACAAUCAAGAUCCUCACGUUCAGUCUCUUAGCCAAGUAAAUCCACAGCAAAUUUUCCCGCACUUGGCCCCCGACGACCCUCAGGUAAAGUUCACAGAGCCAGCCAAUGCCGUCCAUUGGGCGAAGUUGGCCAGCUACGUCUCCAACCGCAGCGACAGAAGAGGGCCAGGCAAAAGCGCCAUCUACGGCGUUCCACGUCUGGAAAAAGCCAUGCGAGCUCUCGAGCAGAUCCGGAUCCGCUUCUUUGAGGAAUGGAUGUCAGCGCAUAACUACGACUUCAUCGCAUUCCCCGCCGCCGGCGACGUCGCCCGCGCGGAUGCGGAUGUUGACGACGACAGCGCACGACAUGCCUGGACAGACGGCGUCAAAUACAGCCAUGGGAACCGCGGGUUGCGACAUUUAGGCAUUCCAAGCGUGACAGUGCCGAUGGGGAUCCUGGAAGACUCGGAGAUGCCAAUGGGCUUGACUUUCUUGAGUCGGGCUUACGAUGACCUCAGCUUAAUUCAGGCGGGCCGUGCUUAUGAGCAGGGCAGCUGGAGGAGGACAUCGCCGCCCUUGACGCCACCCUUGCCCUCGGACCGGAUUCCCAGCCGGGACAAUACACGGUCCAGCCAGCGGCCGAAACUGGCAAUCACGAAAUGUAGCAGAUCCUCAACUGGAGAUGGGGAGAUACAAGUGUCAGUGCAAGGCAUAGUCUCUGUAGACCUACCCUCCAGCAACAAUUUCAAACCCCUCCUCGAAACCUACAUUGACGGGCAACGCGUUCCUGGAUCUCUGAUCACAAUUGAGCCAUUACCUGCCGCUUCUACAGACCAAAGCCCUGCCGUCGCUAGGUUUACCUGUGAAUCUACAGCUGCUCCACCACCCGUGCAAGACAGCCGUAACCGUGUCGUUGGCAAGAUCGCUAGAGACGGUACGAUGGUCAUGAUCCUCGCGCGUAAUGGCGAAAGCGGCCGGCCUUCGGGAUUUGCGAGGAUACUACACUGA